UCUCCCCAGAGUUAACAGUCGCCUGGCUUCACCCUUGGCCGGCAGCUCCAGCCCAAAGAGGCUGUGCCCACAUUCCCUGGCUGCUCUCCAGACCACAGGCACUGAGACAACAAAGUCCAGUGACUGUGAGGGCUGAGCAGAGGCUGCAGAAGGGGAGGAAGCAGUAGGGAGCCGCCGAGCGGAGGGGACUGUCCAGGUCCCAGAUGCUGGGCCUCCUGGGGAGCACGACCCUCGUGGGCUUGGUCACGAGUGCUGCUGUGGCAGUGCUGCUGCUGCUGCUGCUGCUGGCCACCUGCCUGAACCACGGACCGCGGGACCAUGAUAUGGAGAGGAAUCUGGCUGCAAGGAGAAACCGAGUCCGGUGGGCCCAGCCUUGGGUCUUCCCAGCCCGGGGCCACCCGAGACACUUUCACCAUCCCCAUCAUCCUGGCCAUGGGCCUCCCUUGCACCACGUGGGCCUCCACCAUCAGGUCCACCACCACGCCCACCGGGGCCACCACUGAUGCCUGUGGAGGACAGUCACGGCCUGCACUGCCAUCACCAGGACAAGUGGACACAGAUGUUCCUGUGCAGAGGGGU